CUGGCACGCUUCACUAAUCAACAACUUGCACAAAUUGCCAGUUCAUAUGCUCAGCAAAAUAUACGUUCUCCUGAUCUGUUCCAAGAAAUUUCUGCUGAGAUCAUUGAGCGUGGUGAUCUGGACUUUGCACCGGUAGGGGUAGUCAUGAUUGCAAAUAGUUUUGCCAAGACUAAAAAUUACAUCCGGGAUCUCUUCAAACUCAUUGAAAAUCAUCUUAUGACACAGGAUUUGUCAGUGUAUGAACCUUUGCAACUUGUAAGAUUCCUCUGGGCAUUUACCGAUGCUUCUCUUAUGACUGAGCCACUGUUUCUCAAGUUAACAAAGGAAAUUCUUCUGACUGAUUUUUCAAGCUUGAAUGACUUGGCUUUGGAGGAGCUGGUGAAGUCACUGGAAGGCAGUCAUCUCAGAGCACCUGAACUUGUGGCCGCAACAGAAGCAGAACUUGUUAGGAGAUCGGAGGCACCCGUAUAA